GAGCAUCGAUGCUGCGCAAUAUCAGUGCUGUUGGAUAUCUUCAGAUUGCAGCAGCAUAACCCUUACGAUUAUUACUCAUGUCUAAUCCUAUCCGACAUCGCAGCAUUUAUCAUUAUGAUUAUAAGUUUUUCGGAUUUUGAUAUUGCCAGACGCGAAGCAUUCACGCUAACAAAAGACAGCUCCAGUCUGUUGCCGGAUUCCUUCGUUUACUAUUUCAUGGCAGGUAUCAGCAUGGUACGUCUUUUAUCUCCGAAUUUCAUCACAAUCGAUUUAAUACAAACCGAGCUGUUGGUAGCAGAGCUUUGA